GUAAUUAAAGUGUAUAGUGAAGAUGAUACUAGCAGAGCUUUGGAAGUUCCAAGUGAUAUAACAGCCAGGGAUGUAUGUCAGCUAUUGAUAUUGAAGAACCACUAUAUUGAUGACCACAGCUGGACUCUGUUUGAACAACUUACCCACAUGGGUUUAGGAAGAGCUAUAGAGGACCAUGAAUUAGUGAUGGAAGUCCAGUCAAAUUGGGUAAUGGAAGAGGAAAACAAACUGUAUUUUAGAAAAAAUUAUGCCAAGUAUGAGUUUUUUAAAAAUCCACUGGGCUUUUUUCCAGAUCAUAUGAUAUGUUUUCCAAGUGAGACCAAUGCAGCUGUAAGCCACUCUGGGAUAUUACAGAUGUUUCUAAGCUCCAGCACGUAUCCUGAGAUUCAUGGUUAUUUGCAUGCAAAGGAGCCGGGGAAAAAAUCAUGGAAAAAAUUGUACUUUCUUUUGAGAAGAUCUGGCCUUUAUUUUUCCACUAAAGGUACAUCUAAGGAGCCAAGGCAUCUGCAGUUUUUCUGUGAAUUCAGCAAUAGUGAUAUGUACAUGUCUUUGACAGGCAAAAAGAUUUCUGGAGCACCAACAAACUAUGGAUUCUGCUUUAAGCCUAACAAAUCAGGAGGAACCAGAGACCUGAAACAGCUCUGUGCAGAUGAUGAACAAAGUAGGACCUGUUGGAUGACAGCAAUUAGGUUGCUUAAGUAUGGGAUGCAGCUGUAUCAGAAUUACAUGCAACCAUAUCAAGGUAGAAGUGGCUGCAGCCCUUUGAAUGUAACACCUAUGAGAAGCAUUUCAGAAAAUUCUUUAGUAGCAAUGGAUUUCUCAGGACACAGAAGCAGAAUUAUAGAAAAUCCAACAGAAGCCCUUUCAGUUGCAGUUGAAGAAGGAUUAGCAUGGCGGAGAAGAGGGUGUCUACGACUCAACUCACAUGGUAGUCCUAUUGCUAUGUCUAACAUGGCUAUACACAGAUCUCAGUCAUGGUUUCAUCAUAAAAUCUCUAGAGAAGAGGCUCAGAGACUUAUUUUGCAGCAUGGACUUGUAGAUGGGGUAUUCCUUGUACGUGAUAGCCAAAGUAACCCCAAAACAUUUGUAUUGUCAUUGAGUCAUGGAUUAAAAAUAAAGCAUUUUCAAAUUGUACCAUUGGAAGAUGAUGGGAAGCUAUUCUAUACCCUUGAUGAUGGUCAUACCAGAUUCACUGAUCUCAUCCAGCUAGUGGAAUUCUACCAAGUUAAUAAAGGAGUACUGCCUUGCAAGUUAAAACACUAUUGCACACGAAACGCUCUUUAA